GAGGUGAUCUCUCGCCUCGGGUCCCUCCUCUGGAUGCUGGGAAGUUCCGAAGCGGGAUCGCUAGAAACACGCUCUGCGUCGGGAGCGCCUCUCGCGGGGCUCGCCGCUAACCACGCUCUCUCUCCGCUCGCAGGCGGCGCCCGGGCUGGGGGCCGGGACCAUGCACCCGGCGCGGCGCUGAACCCCGCGGCGGCGAAGCGGAGCCCUCUCCUGCCGGCAGCCCCCGACCUGCGUGCGAGCGGGGCCGCGCCCGCCGCCGCCGCCCAUGACCCUGCGCUCCGCCGAGUCCCUGGAGAGCGCGGAGAGCUCCGGGGAGCGCUGGGGACACCCCGGGGCGGCGGCGCCCGCUGCCGAGGAGUGCCGUGAGGCGGAGCAGCUGGCCGCGGCCAUGGAGGAGCUGCGGCGGGCAGGUUGCCAGAUGGAUGCCAGAGACAAGCAGCUUUUACGCUCCCUGCGCCUGGAGCUCUGCACAGAGGUGCUGGUGGAUGGACUCGUUAUUCAGUAUCUCUUCCAAGAAGGGAUUCUCACAGACAGUCAUGUUCAAGAAAUAAAAGCCCAAACCACUAGUCAGAGGAAAACCAUGAUGCUCCUUGAUAUUCUCCCCACCAGAGGACCCAAAGCUUUUGAAGUGUUCUUGGAUUCCUUACAGGAGUUCCCAUGGGUUAAGGACAAGCUGAUGCUGAAGCGUAAGGAAACAACAAUACAAGAUCCUUCAGACUUAACUGAAGUUGCACCGUGCAUUUUGAAGAUGUCACCAACAGAUCAGCAGUUGAACAAGCUGGCGAGGAGGCUGGGACCUGAAUGGGAGCAUGUAGCUCUGUGCUUGGGUUUGUCCCAUACUGACAUCUAUCGAUGUAAAGUCAAUCACCCACACAACCUGCAGUCACAGAUCGUAGCUGCAUUUGUCCUGUGGAAACAGCGUUUGGGGAAAAAAGCAACAAUCCAAAGUCUGCGCUCCAGUCUGAUGGCAGAGGAGGUGGAUCCUUCAGUGAUACAGUACAUGCUUGAGUGAAGCCAUGCUAUUUAUUCAGAGCGUUCACAUAUUUUGUUAAACUAAGUAAAGAGGAUGGAAAUGUAUGUUGAAGAUUGGAUGCUUCAAGCUGUAAAAAAAGUGGGGUUGGCAACUGUGAUUUUAUUAAGCUUAAACAUUCCAGUUUUCUGUGGCAUCUUGUGACUUGUAAUUCUUUUCAUGCCAGAUUAAUUUUUAGCAGACAUUAAAAAAAUGGAUCACUCUU